GCAUCCCCUGUGAUGACAACCAAACUGCCCCUCCCUCGCGACUUCUUCCGGUGUCCGCCGCUGUCUGCUUCCGAUACGGAGGCGUUCAAGAAGCUCUCGCGUCGCGCGUCGACCGAGCUUGCGAUCUGCGCCCGCCUGACCAAAGGCCCGAUCGAAUGGACCGAGGACGUGACCGAGCCUGGGCUGGUCAUGUAUGCAGGUGUCGACAGCGCCGGCACGGACGUGUUCACGUACGCCAGCGUCACCGACGUGAAUGGCACGUUGGACGAAGUGGCCGCCAUGUUCUACGCCGCGACCGGGUCCACCGAGCACAGCCGGCAUCCUGCCAAGCACAUUCUCGAUAGCCAUCGGCUCUACACAGUGGUGAAACCGUCGCCAGCGUUUCCCCGGCAUGCCAUUCACAUGCGGUGGAUGGUCAUGGAGACUCCGAUGAAAGGACUGGGGGUUGUGAGUCCGCGCGACUUUUGCGUGCUCGAAUCACACCACGACGUGGAGCUCGAUAGCCGCCGCGGCUGGGUGCGGUCGGUCGUCUCGGUGGAGUUGGACUGCUGUCCGCCGCUGGACCACGUCCUCGGGUUCGUCCGCGGCGAAUUCCUUCGAUCGGGCCAUGUGGUCGUGGAAACCGACCGCCCCGGCGUCCUCCAAGUAACGCACAUCGUGCAGCUCGACCUGAAGCUCCAUGCGCCGCAGUGGAUGCUCAAGCGCGGCGUCCGGGCGCGGUGCCGCGGGGUGCUCGCGAUCGACCUCCUCCUGCGGGAGCGGCGGCUCAGUCGCAGCGGAUCCUUCCUCGCCCCGGCGGAACUUGUGGCCAAAGACUCGCGGUCCACAUGUGCUCUCUGCCACCACACGUUUGGGAUGCUGCACCACAAAACGAAUUGCCGAAAAUGCGGCGACGUGGUGUGCAGCCGUUGUAGCAAAAUCUGGAGCGUGCCCCUGCUCAAUGCUGUGACAGCGUUGCGCGUGUGCACGAGCUGCUCGCUGAGUGCAUCGUCGCCUACUGUGAUUGGUCAACGCGGCGCCAGGUUCACGACGAACUCCGCCGAGUCCACCAGCCCACGGCACCGCACCACCACCCAUCCUAGCGUCCAUGUGGUAUAUUAUAGCAACAGAAAUGAAGAUGCCUGCAACUUUGCCCAGAACGUUCGACUGCGUGCCGCGACCGCCGACAACAGCGACAUCGCCAUGCUGGAAGACUCCAUGUGGCGAAGGCGGCAGCAGUCGCUAUCGAGUGAAGUGGAUCCCGAUGGGUGGUCGACGUGAGGGUUUGGUCAAAGCACUAAAUAUAAGUUACUUGGAACCAUCAUCG